ACCCAAAAGGAAAAGAAGACAACAAGGAAAACAAGAGACCAAUAAAGUUCCUUUUACAGUUCCACUGCUGCGCCAUAUUCCCAGUUGCAACACUCUUUUGGUGGGAAAAAAAAAAAAAGAAAAUGGAGAUGCAGCAGCUUCUGAGCAUGGGGUUUCCGAGUGAAUUAGCAGCACAAGCCCUUGCUGCCACCGGUGGAAAAUCCACUCUCAAAGCCACCGAAUGGAUUCUUUCUCACAAAUCCUCCAACCCCAACCCCAACCCGACUCCUCCUCCUUUCCAACCCAAACUCGACCGCUUCUUUCAUCUUCACACCAAACUUCCCAAUUCCCCUCCUUCUCCUGAACCCACAGCCACAGCUCCAAGCAUCCAAAUUUUGACCCAACAAGACCUAGAAGAAGAUUCCACCACCCCAUCUCCUGUCCAUAAUAAACGCCGCAAAUUGCAACAUCCCAAAGCAAUCACUCAACAAGACAAAACCAUUAAAAUCCAUGAGCCUUUGUCCGAACGGAUGCGUCCUCGUACUAUUUUCGACGUAGUUGGUCAAGAACACAUUCUGGGUAACAAUUCUCUUCUCCGUUCAGCUAUUGACCGUAACAGAAUUCCUUCUAUUAUUUUUUGGGGUCCUCCUGGUACUGGUAAGACUUCCAUUGCUAAAUCCAUUGUUAAUUCUUCGCAAGAACGGUCUUUUUAUCGAUUUGUUUCCUUGUCUCCUGUGACCUGUGGGGUUAAGGAUGUUAGAGACGCUGUUGAGGAAGCUAGGAAAAUCAGAGCUAAGAAUAACAAGAGGACUGUGCUUUUUGUUGAUGAAGUUCAUAGGUUUAAUAAAUCACAACAGGAUUCUUUUUUGCCCGUGAUUGAAGAUGGGAGUAUUGUGUUUAUGGGGGCGACUACAGAGAAUCCUUCGUUUCAUUUGAUUACGCCAUUGUUGUCUAGGUGUAGGGUUCUUACAUUGAAUCCUUUAAAACCCCACCAUGUUGAAACUCUUUUGAGGAGAGCAGUUAAUGAUAGAGAGAAGGGAUUGUCUCAGAGCGUAGGGAUGAGGGUUGAAGCUAAGGAUGCUGCUAUUGAAUUUUUGUCUAUGAAUUGUGACGGUGAUGCUCGUGUGGCAUUGAAUGCUUUGGAAAUUUCUGCCACAACAGCAGCUGCCGGAGUGGCUGAUAAUCAACUAAAAGGUGUGGGAGUAGAGCCGCAUAGGGAUUUCAAUUUGUUGACAAGUGAGGAAACUGAGAUUGGUUCGUUUGAAGCAGUUAUUACGGUGGAUGAUGCUAAGGAGGCUCUUCAAUGCAAGCAUCUUGCAUAUGACAAAGCAGGGGAAGAGCAUUACAAUUUGAUCAGUGCGCUCCACAAGUCAAUGAGGGGAAGUGAUGCAGAUGCUGCAAUUUAUUGGUUGGCGAGAAUGCUGGAAGGAGGUGAAGAGCCUCUUUACAUUGCGCGUAGGCUAAUAAGGUUUGCCAGUGAGGAUGUUGGGUUGGCUGAUCCAUUAGCCUUAAAUCAGGCUGUUUCUUGUUAUCAAGCUUGUCAUUUCUUGGGCAUGCCCGAAUGUAAUGUGAUUCUUGUGCAAUGUGUUGCUUACUUGGCUUUGGCUCCAAAAUCUAUCUCUGUGUAUCGGGCCAUUGAAACUGCACAGAAGGUUGUUAGGGAAUCUGUAGGACAGAAUGAGGGAGUGCCGCUUCAUUUGAGGAAUGCACCAACCAAGCUAAUGAAGGAACUUGGAUAUGGAAAGGAUUAUAUAUAUCCACCAGAUAAUCCCUCUUCAUCAACUCAGACAUACCUGCCACCUUCGCUUCAAGGAUACAAGUUCCUUGAUUGGCCAAGUGAAAAUUCAACACAGCAAUAGGAGUCACUUCCAUCUUUUUUGGGGAGCUCUCAAGGAGAAAAUUUCCUUGAUUGGCCUAUUUUGUAAAUUUCCCAGCAGUUUUUGGAAUCGUACCAGUAACCUUUACUGGUUAGGUACUCAUCAAAGUUUCUGUGGAUAUGCAUCUUCUGUAGGUAAAAAAUCUGAAGAAUGUUUAUAAUCUUGGACCCUUUUUUUUUUUGGAACUGUGAACAAAGUGGAAGACGCAGUGACCUUACAACUAAUUAAUUAAAGCAUUUACUAUUGAUAAAGAUUUUCUGUAAGUAGCCCCUUUCACAAACUUAUUUGGAUAAAGCUCCUUACUGGUA